CAGGCAUUCAAUUCUAAUUAAUGCGGGAAUAAUGGUGGUAUCUUUUCGUCGACUUCUGUUGCAAGUGAUAGAUCAAACACGCGACCUUUGAUAUAAGCUCAUAAAAAAAUGGAAGAAAAAACAUUGACUGAUGAAUCAAGGAUUAAUAAAGGUCCACGAAUAGGAGUUAGACAUGUUCAAAUGUUGCUUAUGGCUUUAAUUGGUUUUUUAAUGUAUUACACAAGAUUCGGUUUUUCGGUAUCUUUAGUUGCAAUGACGAACAAAUAUUCGCCUAAUCCUGAUGUCCCUUACUACAAUUGGACAAACAAAAGUUUCAUUUUGUCGACGUUCUUCUGGGGCUACGUGAUACCACAAAUACCGGUCGGUAUUCUGGGAACGAAAUUCGGCAUGAAAAAUUUCCUGCUCCUCGCCUUGCUCAUCAAUUCCUUGUGCAUGGUCGUCAUACCGAGCGUGGCCGAACGUUUCGGAUCCGAAGGUGUGAUGGCGUGCCGGAUAAUCCAGGGAAUAGGGCAAGGAUUAGUGGUGCCCUGCCUGCACGGUAUUAUCGGAAAAUGGGCGCUUCCUAAUGAAAGAUGUCGAGUGUAUGGCUACAUGUCGACAGGUUAUAUCCUUGGUACGGUGGCAGGCGCUGGAGCAAAUGGGUAUAUUUGCGCUUCGUGGAUCGGCUGGCCUUUGACCUUCUAUCUAAUACCCUCUUUGGGUUUCGUUUUAGCCUUUUUCUACUAUAUGUAUGGUGCUACAUGUCCGGCUACCCACAAAACUAUAUCGGAAGAGGAACGGACCUACAUCGAAUCUAAACUAAAAUCGCAGAAUAUUUAUAAUGUGCCUAUACCGUAUCGAGACAUAUUCACCUCUAAACCAUUCCUAGCGCAAUUGACGAUGGCUUUGUGCAGCGGUUGGGGUUACAGCAUAUUCACCACUGAAAUGCCAAUUUACAUGGAUAAAGUGAUGAAAUUGAAUAUAGAAUCGAACGGUCUAGUGUCCUCUCUGCCUUCGGUUUUCGUAUUAUUGACUAUUAACGUAGCAACACAUCUUGCUGAUCUUUUGGUCAAAAGAAAUUACUUAUCUAUUACUAAUACGCGAAAAUUGAUGAGUGCAACAGGUUCCUUGGGCUGCGCAGGUUUGCUAUUCCUCUUCGUUACAAUACCAACGGAUAGUGAAUUAUUCUGCGUGCUGACUCUAGCUUUAGCUUACGGAUUUAGAUCGUUUAAUUGCGGUGGUUACAGCACGAACCACCUAGAUUUAGCGCCGAAUUUCUCCGCCGCAUUGAUGGGCAUCAUAAACACAUCGUCCGAGAUAUUUUCUUCCAUUACCCCCCUCAGCAUCCAUUACAUUGUCUACGACGAGAGCGAUAAAAGCUUGUGGAGGAUAGUUUUUAUCAUAGCCGUCGUUUUAUACGUAUUUUCCACGUGUGUUUAUCUGGUAUUUGCAUCAGGAGAGGCUCAGCCUUGGAAUUACACGCCCGUUCGGCAAAAUGCGGACGCCACUCCGACGGAUCGAACGACUGAUUCCGAACAAGAGAAGUCGCAACUUGUAUAAUAACUAUUAUUUUUUGAAAAUAAAUUAGAAAAAUUCGCUUUUUCUUUAUCAUUACGAAAGCCUGUUUUCUAGAGCUGGAUGGAUAUGCUAAUAUGUAUGAUAUUAUGAUGAAUUACAUGAAUUACAUUAUUAGAUUUUUU